AUGGCUUUCAAAUUCAUCACCUUGUUCGCUGCCUUUGUAGCUGUUGCCAGUGCCGGUCUUAUUCCCGCUGCUCCCUUGGCCGCUGUAGCCCAUGUUGAGGAAUACGAUCCCCAUCCCCAAUACACAUAUGGCUAUGAUGUCAAGGAUGCCAUUUCGGGUGACUCUAAGACCGCUGUGGAAACUCGUGAUGGGGGUUUCGUUCAGGGCCAAUACUCCUUGAAUGAUGCUGAUGGUUACAGACGUAUUGUUGACUACACCUCUGAUCCCAUCAAUGGCUUCAAUGCUGUUGUGCGCCGUGAACCUUUGGUAGCUGCUGUUGCUGCUGCCCCCGUUGUCGCUGCUCCAGCCCCCAUUGUUCGUGCUGCUCCCGUUGUCAAGGCUGCCGUUGCAGCUCCCUUCACCUAUGCUGCUCCUGCCCCCAUUGUAAGGACUGCUGUUGCUGCUCCCUUCACUUAUGCUGCUCCGGCACCUAUUGUUAAGGCUGCCGUGGCUGCUCCCUUCACCUAUGCCGCUUCAGCUCCCAUUGUGAAAGCUGCACCUUUCACUUAUGCCGCCCCUGCUCCCUUUAUUGCUGGUCCAGCUGCAGUGAAAACUACUUUCGCAUCUCCACUUAUCUCUUACGCCUAUUAG